AUGGAAACAUUCGAACUGUCGAGGCUGAUCCUCCUGGUCGUGCUAUCAGUGGGAUUUUGUGCCACCAGCGAAUUCGAAUUCACUAACUUAAAAUGUUCACCCUUGGACAAGGAAUUUAUGGACGUGGAAGCUUGCUAUCUGAAAUCAAGAAAUCGGACCUACAAAUUUCUGACUUUUAGGACCAAAUUUCACCAGGUAGAGAUAUUUAAAAGGUUGAAUGGCUACAAACCGUUUCUCUAUAACUUUACAGUCGAUGCUUGUCAGUUCCUUAAUGGAAGGCGUAAUCCCUUAGUAAGAUUCUUUUACGAACUAUUCGCCUCCUACUCCAACUUGAACCACUCCUGUCCCUACAAUCAUGACAUAUUCGUGGAAAAGGUGCCUAUCAGCUUUUUGAAGUAUCAGACAACGGUUGUUCUUCCAGUUCCGGAAGGAGAUUACCUACUACAUAGUGUCUACACGAUUCGCGGCAAAGCACGUCUGGAUCUUAAAGUUUAUGUAAAAAUAUACUAG